CGGACUCGGAGAUAUCGUGCUGGGUUGAGGAACGUGCUCUGGCUGCAGUGGCGCCUCAUGACAGUAAAGCAGUUCUGCAUGACGGAGAAUGGUUCAAGCACACAUUUCUGGGUGAACAGCAGUGCAUGAGAAGAUCUUCAGGGAUGCCUGCGGCGCCUGCAAGCCACAAGAAGCAGCGGUCAGUUGAAAGAACCCAGCCGCAAUGAAAGAUAGAUUGUCAAGAAAGUUUUUGCAAGGUCAGCCUGGGGACAGUGCACCGCGCUCCAAAUUCCACAUGUAGGCUACCAGGAUCGACCGGCAUGGCUGGUAUCAUAAGUUCCGCAUUGAAUGUAGAUGUACGAGCUGCCCCGUGCAGCCCAAUUCAUAUACAGCGGUGCUCGCCAGCAGCUGCCACCCUUUUUCCUUCUUUCUGCUCUGCUAACACUUGUGCAGCAUAUGGGCCUCUCCAAAGAAAAACUGGACCAGUGAUUGAGCGGUGGCAUGAAAGAAACAAACGUGUCGGAUGGAGGCGACGGUCAUUCGAAAGGAAAAGUAGAGGUGGCGCCACCCUCACGACGGCUGCACUGGAUGAUACACGGCUGAUUGACUUCCUGCGGACCAUUCCUGACCGAUCGAAUGAGUACUUCAAACCGUUGUGGCGAAGGGGCAUCUGGGGCGGCGUUUCGUUGUUUGGGGGUUUCUACAUUGCAAACACCAUCUCACUGUCCCUGGGGGCCAACAGUGUGAAUGAUGUCAUCGCUGCUGCAGUUUGCACAUGGUUUACUGAGUACGUAACGAAGUAUUACUACAGCAGGGAACGAGCGACGUUCCUUGACGCUUUGUUGAACGCAUUCAAGAUUGGUCUCCAGUAUGGACUGUUUUGUGAUGCCUUCAAGCUGGCAAGCUAGCGGUUGAUUGACCAGAUUCUUGUUAUGACCCCUCCAAGUGAGAUCGCAAGAUUUCUGCCGGCGGGUUGUAGAUCAAAGGUAGACCAUAAGUAGACCGCGGGGAGCUCGUAAACGCGGACAGGGAUGUAACAAAUUUCAUAUAUAUGUUCAAACUGGUCCGCGCAAGACUAAGAUCUUAUGCUUCGAAUUCCAAGCCUGGACACGGUGGUGACGUUUGAUUGACACAAAUCGCGAGUUUAUCGUGCGGCCGUGGCUAGCCAGUGUAGUGGCACUCAC